AUGACUUUGACAAACGAGAGAAAAAGUUAUUCUCACUCCUCCUCAAACAGAAAAUGAGUAGCUGUCUUUUCCGACUGGCACUCCUCGUGGCUUGCGUCCUCUCCAUCCGCUGCACCGCUGCGCCCGGGACCGAGGCGGAGGCGCACACGGCGUCCCGGGAUACCUGCGCGUCCUGCGGCGUCGCUCAGCCGGAGGACCCCGAGUCGGGCCGGCUGAACGUGGACUUCCUGGAGGCGGUGAAGAGGCACAUCCUGAGCCGGCUGCAGAUGCGGGAGAGGCCCAACAUCACGCACCCGGUGUCGAAGGCGGCCAUGGUGACGGCGCUGCGGAAGCUCCACGCCGGGAAGCUGCGCGAGGACGGGAGGGUGGAGAUCCCCAACCUGGACGGACACCCGAUGAGCAACGAGGUGCUGGAGGAAAGCUCGGAGAUCAUCAGCUUUGCGGAGAAAGAUGACAUGGUGACGUCCAAGUCCAGCCUGUUCUUCAUGAUCUCCAGCGAGGGGAACCAGAACCUGUACGUGACGCAGGCCACCCUCUGGCUCUACUUCAAGCUGCUGCCGUCCCCUCUGGAGGUGCGCCCAAGGCGGAAGGUGACGGUGAAGGUGUACUACCAGGAGCCCGGUCUUGGCAGCAAGUGGAACCUGGUGGAGAAACGGGUGGAGCUGAAGCGCAGCAGCUGGCACACCUUUGUGCUCACCGACGCCGUGCGGUUGGUGUUUGAGAAGGGCGACCGGCGCCAGAACCUGGACGUGCGCUGCGAAGGCUGCGAGGCGGAAGGCGUCGUGCCCAUCCUGCUGAACCACAACGACGAGUCCCACCGGCCCUUCCUGGUGGUGCAGGCGCGGCAGUCUGACAGCAAACACCGGAUCCGCAAGAGGGGGCUGGAGUGCGACGGCAGCAGCAGCCUGUGCUGCCGCCAGCAGUUCUACAUAGACUUCCGGCUCAUCGGCUGGAACGACUGGAUCAUUGCGCCAUCGGGAUACUUUGGGAACUACUGCGAGGGGAACUGUCCCGCCUACAUGGCGGGCGUCCCCGGCUCGGCCUCGUCCUUCCACACGGCGGUGGUGAACCAGUACCGCAUGCGGGGGAUGAGCCCGGGCUCCAUGAACUCCUGCUGCAUUCCCACCAAGCUUAGCACCAUGUCGAUGCUUUACUUUGACGACGAGUACAACAUCGUCAAGCGGGACGUUCCCAACAUGAUCGUGGAGGAGUGUGGCUGUGCUUGAGUAUGUUUUAUUCCUGUUUAUUUAAGGUGGAACUGAAGAUUCACAAUAUUACAACAACAAAAAAAUGAAUAUAGAAACAGAAUAUUUAUGGACGACGGAAAAAACAUGCGCACACACAACCUCAUCCACACAUAUCUACACCCCUCAUGUAUGCCUGCACAAAAACUUGUACAUAUAUUUAUGUUUGUUGAUAUAUUUGGUUAUAUUCUCUGGUGGAAGACUGAUUCGGUCUCCUUCAAAGGGACGUGAAGAGUUCUCUUCCAAAUCUUUGGAAAACAAUCAUUAUUAAGUAUCUCUAAGAUAGCGAGGAUCUGGUUCAAGACUUACCUACUAGCCUUUACACAGCAGCAUCACGUGAUGUCAUUUCCUGCCGUGGGUCACGUUGUUAGAGUUUCAUUAGAAGUUUUGGAAUUAAACUCUUCAUGUGUAGAACAUAAACCCAACCUUGAGUGUGGAAAAAAAAAAAAAACGUCUCCAGAGGAGCCUCACGAGAGUCACGAACUGGGUUGGGGGGUGAUUCAGCUAUGCCUCUUUCAGGAGCAGUUUGAGGGGACAAGCACUGAAAAUGUUAAUACAUCCAUCAACGUACAGCACUUCUGGCCAGGAGUCACACAGUUACACUAAGAGAAACUUUGGUCCACGAGAAAAUCGGCUUCAAGCUGAACGUUUGGACGCAUUCCAGACAUGGAUGGAAACAGAAAAAUAUAAUCGGUAGAGACUUUUCAACAAGGUUUUCACUGACGCUGUCACCAAACCGUGAAAUUGUCCUCUAAAGUGAAAGGUAGACUUGCCAAUGUGAGGUGUCACACCUGAAAUUCAUAGAAAUGUUAACUGUUUGGAGGUCGUGUUCCGAUUGUUCUUCACUUUCCAUUAUCUUCAUUGUUGAGGAGGCACUGUCACAUGUUUCUGAAAGUUGGAGAGGUAUUUCAACUUUUAUCAAUCAAGGAUGAAGGUGAAUCUCGGAAACCACUGGCUAUGGUUGCAGACGAUAACCAUUUAGGAGGGCCAGUAUUUUGGGCUGAUCUGGUGUAGACAAGACUUACUCUUCAGUGUGAAGGUCAUUUCGGCUUAUCUCUAUCAACAGAUAUCUAUGAUACAGGUAGUUAUUUAAAAAGCUAAAAAAAAAAAGCUAACUUGGUGUCGGACCAUAGCCAAUGAGUUCUAAGAUUGGAUUUCGGUUGAUAUGUUCCGCCUUUCAACAUGGACACUUAACCUACCAUCCAAACCUAAUUGAUCAGUACUAUUCAGACUACAAAACACUUCCCGAAACCAAAAUCUUGUCCCAUCGCCUACAAAUUCUUCAAGCAUACACAGAUAUCUACUGAUAGAGAUCAGGGUAACCCUAACUUCUACAGAAAUUGCUAAGUGUUGUGGGGACGAACGGCUGUUUUGAUGAAAACUUCCCUCAAAUUACUAAUCGGUUGUCUCUCAAAAAUAAUUUAUGCGCUUAAUUUUCCCUAAAUUUAACAACUUCCAACUUUAAAUUACCCGAUUCUUUCCCUUCAAACACUGACUACGUUUACAUGCACAAAAUAUUCAGGCUUUUGCCCUUAUUCGGAAAAAGACGAUAUUCCUACCAAGCUGUUAACGUGGCUAAUGAAAAUGAAUAUUACACUAAUAUUCCUGCUUACAUGCAGCAGGACGCAUGCUUAUUAACAUGACAUUUAUCACGCCAAAAUAUGGAACAGCUUCUUUGCAAGUUUCCUACAGUGGCGGACUUGUUGGACCAUGUGAACCAACACAUCCUCACUGCGACCUUGUCACAUGUCCAUGUUUGUCAUGGACUUUCCACAUCCACAUAUGACGUCCAAGGUACCCUGGGUGUGUUGGCUGUUGACUUCCGUUUUCACAGGAAAUGUACAGUUUACAUACAGUGUCUUUCAAAAUUAAAGCACUACAUCGGUACAACACUGCAAAUUGACGAGUUUUUUCCCCUCUUCAAUAACAUACGCACGUGGUUGGGUUGGGACUUCUGCCACCUUAACUUCCGUCAUUGUCCUGCUGCGUUACCCUAAAAUAAUAACAGUGACCAGCUGUGUAAUGCAUCCAAAUAAUGCUGUUACAUCCUGAAUAAUACCGGCAUAUCCCACAUGACCUAAUCGGAAAAUGCUUGAUUUGGAAAAAGGUCUACUUCGGAAAAUCCAAACUGAAUAUGCUGUUCACAUGACCUGCAUGAAAUUCAGAAUAUUGUUAGAAUAAUGGUGGAAUAUUAAUGUGCAUGUAAACGGACCCAAUGUCUCACAAAUUACAAAGCUGAGAUCAUUCACUGUGAACCACUCAAACUAAAAAGGAGGGGGCAAAUUGUUUGAGAGCACGAUUUAGUAUCUGAGGGCCUGCCAAAAGUUCCUCCUACUGGAAUCUGAAGAUUUCAGUAGUUAACAACACGAACCACGUCCAGCUGUGCUCAGUCCAGUCCUCCAGUCCAGUCCAAUCCCAAAGGGACGACAAGAUCUUUGCAUGCAUGAGGAUGGUGGAGUGAAUAUCAGGAACGACCUCACAUUUUUGUUAACGUUUGGAUGUUGCAAGAAAAACCUUCAGAUUGGAUUCCUUCCUGUUGAUGAAAUUAAAGAAAAUCUCAUUUCAGUCACUGAAAGUGAAAAGUUGCCAUAUUGCUCAGUUUAGUGACGGUGCAGCUUCGUACUUCCCGACACACACUUUGAUGAUAGCACUUGCAGAUUGAAAUGCCUUUAAUGAGCCCUAUGUGGCGCACCAUUGCCCACGGUCCUUCUAAAAAGAAAUAAGUGCCGCAUGAGCUAUGCAAUGUAUAGUAUUUACCCAUACACCAGACAAGCUGAACUUAAGCUCUUCUGACAAACUAUCACCAAUACUUGAAAUGUAAGUGUGGUGAGCAGGGGGGCAGGUCGGGCUUCGGCCGGGAGGUUGGAGGAUUAGAAAUGUGUCUUUGGUGGUAGAUGGUGAAGUGUACUUCAACACAAAGACUUGACUCGAUCCAGCUCCAUUUGAAAAUGAACACAAGUCCCUUAGAACUUCUGACAACAUCGCCAGUAUCCCCUCUUCCGUUCGACUGGUAGAAAAAAAAUCAAGUUUAUAUGCUACACGUGGCUUUUGCCAAAUAUAUUUUGGAAGAAAUACCACAGCUGUUAAGAUUAUGUUUUACCAGUCAGUCCAUGAGAUGCAACUUUCAAAGUAUUAUGUUGCUAAAAACCAUUAUCUAUCUCUACACUUCUUACGUCUGUUGCACAAUACAGUAGAUUUUGACAUAUUUUAGCUGGACUUAAUGCAUUAUCAUACAGCAAUGGUUCCCAACACAGCAAACACAAUUUUGGCUACACAAAAUUCUUUCAAUCUUCUGAGCUCUUCCUUAAAUUCAUUGGAUCAUCGCACCUCUUCAGGCCUAAAAACACUACUCCAGUCAAAGAAAGAAAUAAUGGAGUAUUGGUUGAACUGGUGACAACUAGUAGACUUAAGUUGUGCUCACACCAACGCAAUGUGAAUUUUUGCAUUAGGUUACUCGUGCAAAUUUGAACGCUAGAAUAAUUUGUGUUGACUCGCUUUGUGUGAAUAACUCGUGUCUUACACGUGUAAAAUCGCAUGUACACCCAAAAGACAAAAAAUUUUGCCAGAGAGGAGAGGCUUCCCGCAUAUUUUCAGUCAGUCAGAGUUACUUUUUAUUCCUGUUUCUGUAAAAGUAGUGUCAUAGAGCUUGGGGUAGCCACAGAACAUCACAAUCAGCUUCUCCACCACUAAUCGGAUGCAUGAACUUCUGCCGAUAUGUCCGAGGUGUCAAAUGUCCCUGGAGGAUCUGCUGAUUGGCUAUCUUGACGCAAAUUGGUCGCUGAAGUUCACAUUUUUCAACUCUCGCGAAUAAGUGUAUGAUGUGAAGUUGCGCUACUCGCUACAUUCGCACUGAUUAAUUUGUGUCCAUUUUGCCCCCUGGUAGGAAUUUGUUCCUAAUCACAUCUUUGCAUUGAAUCGUCGUGUAUUUUCCGGCUAAAAUUCAAGUUUUUCUGAAGAGUAGGGAGAAAAAUCUGACACUUUUAUUGAAAAAAUUCCACCUGAUUUCAAUUAAAUUUGCAUCAUUUGCAUCACUCAUGUCGCGUCCAUCACGCAGCCUGGCGGGAAUUCAUGUCUAAUCCCGUCUUUACAUUGACUCAUGCCAAUUCUUUAUUUGCGCCCGUUGUGAACACAAUGUUUUACACAACCUAUGAAAAGCGUUAGAAAGUAGACUUUGUUUCAGGGCAUCACAAGCCAAAAGGUAAAAGAAUGAAAGAAUAGAAAAUGUAAAAUAUGACAUAACCCUAAUAUAAAAGUUUCAUUGUCACUUGCAGCUACCAUUUUAUUUGGAACAGAGCAGCAUGUUUUGAAACAGGCUAGAAAUCAACCCAAUCAUCAGAAAAAAACUGUUGUUUCAACAAUGCUGUGGUUAACAUGUGGCUAGGAAAAGAUCAGGCUUUGGCUGAAAGCACCAAUCUGGAGGGCACAAUCUCUGGCAGGGAACACAGCACAACACCUUACUGAGGGUUCUUUCACACCUGCCCUGAUUGGUUCGGUUCAGUCGAACUCUAGUUGGUUUGCCCCCUCAGUGCGGUUCAUUGUGCAGGUGUGAACACACCAAAACAACCGGACUGAGACCUUCUUGAAGAGGUGGUCUCAGUCCGGUUCCAAAGGAACUCUGGUGCGGUUGGUUUGUGGUGAGAAGGUGUUCCGACCUGGAUGUGAAGCAACUGCAGUCACAUGACACAUUGUUUGGGUUAAACAUGAGCAUGUUACAGUCCUGGAGGAUUAUUAAUGUGCACCUCCUCCUGUACUGCCUUAAUAUGCACAUUCAGCACAUCCAAUGCAUCAAAACAUUGUUUUCUAGUUGGAGCCGCGCCUCGUUUUCAAACUGUAUGGUUUGACUAAAAUGAACAAUGACAGCAAUAUAGUCCACGAUGAGCAGCGCUAAAAUCAACCUGCGUAGUUGUCCCUCCAUUGUGACAUUAGAAAGUGUCACAUUUAUCUUGCAAGUGUACUCUUCUUCAACGUUUGCUUUACUUCCUGGAUUUUUCCCACAUGGAAAUUCUGACCAAUCAAGAGCAGCUUUCUCACACAAGGCAUUUGAUCUGGUCCUCUUGUAAAUGCUGCCGUGAGAACACAAACCAACUCUAGGCAAUUAUACAACUUUGGAACAACAUGAGUCCCUGAUUCAGACCAAAGGAGACCACUCUAGGGCUGACAGCAGCCUCAACCACAAGUGGAUUUGUUAUUUGCUGGUCUGCAGCUUGGCAGGCAUCUUGCCAAGCUCUAAUAUCACUUUAGAAAUGUUGAUAUGAAAAGUAGAAAUCAAUCAUAUCCGUCUUUCUUAAGUGCUAUAUCAAAGGCAAUUGGACUUGCUUGAGUUUCUUUAGGACGUUUCACCUCUCAUCCAAGAGUCCUCUUCUGGUGGACUGGCGAGACGUCUUCAAGAAACCUUAAGCAAGUCCAGUUGCCUACGAUAGAGCACUUAAGAUUACCAUGACCUGGAUGACUGAGAAUCUUCAGCGACAUAUCUGUGGUUAGCAGAAACAUACAUUUCUUCCAGGUAAUAAGCUGCAGAAAUCUACUUUAUUGUGCAAAGGACAAAGCUGGAUGGACGAGUCUUUAAAGGAUUCAAUCGGUGUUACUGAAUAGUGAUUCUAAGGAGCAGUUUUCCUUCCCUUACGCGAUCAUCAAUUGAAUCCUCUGAAAUCUAAAAGGAGGCUAACUGGGGCUAACUUUGACCCAGAUGUGAUGCAUGAACAGUGAUUUUGGAGUCUAAAUGAAUGUGUCCCAGUGGAGUUCCCAGUUCGGCACCGAAACACACUUUGAGACACAGUUUCAGUCACUUUGACAUCACUUUGAUAUUUUCAGGUUAGACCUGUUAUUUCACGAGCCCUGCUCUCAUUCACAGGCUUCACCACCACCAGGUACACAUUUAAGAGAAUACCUGCAGGUACUGCUUAUUAUCUCCUCCCACCUCCUGUCCGACGCUCGACCCCGUCUUCGCCUGCCACUGUAAUCUUUCGCUCAUUCUUCAAAGCGAAUGGUUGUUAGAAUAUUUGCACUGGGGAGCUGUGUGACUAGUAAUAAGAAAAAUAAAAAUGAAUAGAAACUGCCAUUGAAAAAAAAAGUUAUUUUUAUAGAAGCAAAAUUGAGCUCAGUUCAAAUGUAUUAUACCUAAUCAUGGAACCAAAGAGGCCAAGAGGUUUAGCUAUUGAAAGAUGGCAAUGCCGUCAUGUUUGUGUUGUUGUAAAUGACUUUGUGACAGUUUAAAAGAGGCCUAAACACUGUAUCAGGGUAUAAUAUCAGUCCAUAAUCAGCUUAAUCUCUUUUCUAUUUUGUACCUAGACAUGGAAUAUUUCAUAUUUUUUCAUCAAAUUACUUAAAUAUUCCUAGUUUACUUUCUUCUUUUUGUUAGCUCUCGUUACAGAGUCAUUUAGAGUGAAGCACACGCCAUCUGAUCCCUGUACAGUCGAUGUAACAUAUGAAUAUGCUUUUGAAAUAUUUUGUUCUUUGUAAUUGUUGAAAAAUAAAUUUCU